AUGGCGACGAUGAGGCUUUGCAUUUCCGCCUCUACUGCCGGACAAGACCUCAACUACGAGUCCAUGAACUUCCUUUCUCCGGAUCCGCGCCCUUUCCCAUCCUUCACCGACGAUGGUCCCGGGGUGCUCUCUGCCUUCGGUCCUCGCCAUGAUAAUGACCAUGCUAACUACAGAAAGAUCAAGAUCCUUCCAACUCCUGAUGAAAUCCUUGCCGUCCUUCGACCGACGUACAUGCCGAAAAAAGAUCUCUACGAAAAGCACUUUCUCGACAAUGGGCCGCGUAGGCUGUUGGAUACACUUUUCAGACAACUACGAUGCGACAGCAUUGAGAGCAUCCGGGACAUAUGCUAUUCGGCCUCCCAAACCGCCUUCCUUGGCAGCGGCACCAAUCCUGAGGGUCAUGUUCGCCACGAGACCGUAGCUGGCAAUCGAUACUUCCUGUACAACAACAUCAAGAUCGAAGAGAUGCUUUCACAUGAGCAAAAGGCAAUGGUUGUCCGUAUCAGUUACGACUGCCCGCCAUUCAUGAGGGGUCAGAAGCUAUAUGACUCUGGCCGGUUUCAAAAAGGCAUGCUUGUGGCGUUGCUCCAAUUGGAUCACGCUACCAUGAAGUUGUCAGUCUACUUCUUGGAGGUCCAUCUUGCUCAAAAUACCUUCUCGAUGGACUGCUUUGACGGACGUGGCACUCGAGCUGCAGUCCAACUUUCUUUUCUGCCCACCACCACCCACGAUGAAGUCCUUCAGUUUUGCCGCAAUGCACUCGGCCUUUGCAGUGGAAGUGAAAUGUACCUCGUAGAAUUUCCGAAGGUUCUCUUCGCCGGGUUUUACAAUUGUCUCAAACGGUUGCAGGAGAUGAGAGAAACAGACUUCGCGUUCCCGGAUUAUGUUGCCCCUGACAAGACUGUCGAUGAGGCCCUAUUCACCAGAGAGCUGAACUACGUCGCCGGAUCACGGCCGCGGUUUUCAUGUCCGCCGCCUUCUUACGCACUCUCGCCGGAUUUCGCCUAUAAUCUCACCAAGCUUGUCCCGCCUGCAUGUCCAAUUGCCUCCGCGUCUGUGAGAGACUUGUCGCGUCCUUCUACUCUGGAACUCCUCAAACGCGAAACAACUUUGGAUGAAGGUCAGGCGGCAGCUUUCAGAGACAGCCUCCUGCGUGAGUAUGCCUGCACGCAGGGCCCACCUGGAUGCGGCAAAACCUUUUUAGGUGUCCAACUAGCAAAGACACUUCUCGAUUCCCGACCGUCACAGAAGCCUAUACUGCUAGUAUGUCUGACAAAUCACGCUCUGGACAGUUUCCUGGCCAAUCUUCGAGAUGCUGGUGUCUCCGGUCUGCUUCGAGUCGGUUCUGGUAGCAAGGAAGAUUGGACAGAUACCAUCAAUCUCCGCAACCUGCGACGAAAAACUCGAUUGAAGAAGGAGGAUUCCCAAGCACUGCAUGCCCAUGGCCACCAAAAGAAGCUGCUGUUCGCAGAACUAGAUUCGUUGUGCAAAGGAAACACUCCAUGGCACUAUGUCGAGGACCUUCUGUAUAGUAAACACCGCGAUAUCCAUUCUCAGUUUACAACAAAUUCUCGAGUCUCGCUUGCCCAAUCUUUCACUUUUGAAUACUGGUCAGGAGGCGGAGACUUGAAGACCAUUCGCGAAUUGCACCUUGAGCUGGCUUCUAGACUUGAGCAAAUCUCAAACACUCAUUACAAGCCUCAAGAAACCGUCAAUGAGAUGCUCCUUGGCAUCUCCUACCAUGUCGAACUCCAGAGUGCAAACGCUGGCCGAUCCAGCAUCUGGAACCUGCCUCUACACGAGCGUCAACUUAUGCUUCGGCGUUGGGAGGCAGAAGUGGACGAAGAAAAGUUUGCUCAGAAGAUGACCUCGCUUUACUUUGAGUCGCGGGCGUGCACAGAGGAGAUAAGUACAAUCAACGAUAGGCGCGAUGUCCAGAUUAUGUCGUCUCACAAUAUCAUCGCCAUGACGACCACUGCAUGCGCGGCUCGUUGGGAGCUUCUACGAUCACUAGACCCUGAAAUUCUCAUUUGUGAAGAAGCCGCGGAGGUUAUGGAAGCCCAUGCACUGUGUGCUUUGCUCCCUUCAGUCCAACAUGCAAUCUUCAUUGGCGAUCCUCAACAGCUGCGACCUGAGACAAACGAACAGUCCCUGAGUCUAGAAACCUCCGUCGGACGUCAAUAUCGAUUGGAUGAGUCCUUGCUAGAGCGGUUGAUGUUUCCUCAUGACAUGUCGGCAUCAGUAAUACCAGCAUGCCACUUGAGCGUCCAACGCCGCAUGCAUCCUGACAUCGCAAAUGUCACUCGUCUGACUUAUCCUUAUCUCACAGAUCACGAGUGUACACUCCAGCGCUCGCCAACUCAUGGCAUUGCACACAGAAUAUUUUGGUGGGACCAUCGAGUUCCUGAGCUUGGAUUGGACGACUUAAAGUCGCAUGCCAACCUUCAUGAAGUCGAGAUGGUUGCCUCCCUUGUUGAAUAUCUCCUCCGCGGUGGGGCUUACUCACAAGGGGAAAUCGCGGUCCUAACUCCAUAUGCAGGCCAGCUGUUGAAACUCUGGGAGCGGCUGGCCAGAACGUGUGACAUAUGGCUUUCUGAGAAGGACCGAGAAGAAUUGCUUGGUGAAGAGGCUCUUGCUCUUGGUGAUGCAGGCAGGGCUACUAAGGAUAAAGUUGCGAUCUCCGACAUGCUCCGAAUUGCAACGGUGGACAACUUCCAGGGUGAAGAGGCAAAGGUCAUCAUCCUCAGCACGGUUCGAAGUGGAGGUAAUCCUGGCUUCUUGAAGAUAUUGAAUCGCAUCAAUGUCGCCUGCAGCAGGGCUCGUAAUGGCUUUUACAUUGUUGGCAAUUCUCAGACCCUCUCUCGAGUCCCUAGAUGGAGAGAAGUCAUCAAUGCUUUCAAUGGGAAGAUCGGAGGCUCAAUUAUGGCCCAAUGUCAUAAUGUUCAGCGGCCUGUGGCACGGCUUUGCCCUGUGGCCACAUCUGCCAGGAAAAAUGUCACCCACCUUGGCUCCAUUCUCGCCUGGUUUGCCAGGAGGAAUGUAAGAAGAUCUUCCAAUCAUGUGGACACAAAUGUGAGAAGCCGUGCUAUCAGACAUGCGGAGAAUGUCAAAUUACCACUAAUGACGUUACUCUUGACUGUGGACAUUAUGGAAAGAUACUCUGCUCAGGAGAAACUUCCGGGUGCGAAGCUGUCAUAG